AGGUGUGCAGCUGCGAGACUGUAUAAUACUUACUCCCGCAGUUUUCCUGUCCGAUGCCAUUCUGCGAGCCGGGGCCUUUUAAAUCGUCCAACUUCUUCCCAGUACCUCACAGUACUCUACUGCGAUUUGCUGAGAGUCGUCUGUGGAUACUUCAAGCCUCUUCCGAUCGGCCGGCUAGUAACUAGCCAUGGCCUCUCCGCGUUGUCGCAGUAGUCUUCAGAGUCCCCCAACCGUCCGUCAGAUACCCGAACACGCCGCGGGAGUGCAUCGCUUUAGGCUCUGCACCUUCCGCCCCCCUUCUGUAUGCCGGUGGGGCGGUCGCCUGCACUUUCGCUCAUAGCGAAGAGGAGCUGACAUCAUGGAAUCGUCAAAAGAUGACCCGGGAACGGUCGUAUUCGUUGAAUCGUUUGGCUAUGGAUGGUAAUCAAAUGCAGUCUAAAAAGCAGCUUAUGUCUCCACAAGUUCAGCAACAGGAUUCCUGGCCAGAUCCACACACAGAGUAUGUCCCUGAUCCACCUCGGUCAAAACCUCCGACCAUCCAAACAAAGAGCACUUUUCAGAAACGAUCGAAGGAAUUACUCCAACUAGAAGAUCUGAUAGAACCUCUUACCAUCACAAACUACAAGAAAAAGUUUCACAGACUGUUGUGCUGGGAGGAGAAGGAACAUAUUACUCUACUCCAUGACCGGUUAGUGCUUUUGAUUAUUUCAACUGCAUGCGUAAUGAAAAGCACUAAAGUGCAAACCCUCGGCGUAGAACCAGUGCUAUUACGGGAGUGAUAAUGUUAGGAUGGUAGUGUAGCUGCAAAACGAUAGCACACCUGGAAUACUCGUAUAAAUAGAUAUCCAAACACAA